GCGUGCAAAUCAAUACCAUCGCCAUCAACGCCGCUAUUGACUGCUGCGCCAAAGCUGCGCAAUGGGAGGCGGCGUUGGCGCUCUUUGCCUCCAUGUCUUCACGGCAGCUGGAAGUGAGUUGCGUCACCUUCGGUGCAGCAGCGACAGCCAUGGAAGAGGCAAGCCUCUGGCUGGAGGCCAUCGAUCUCCUCGUCCUCAUGGACGACGCUUCCCUCCCGGCUGACAGAGUUGUUUGCUCUGCUGCUAUUUCGGCUUGCGCAAGAGGGGGGAUCUGGAAAGAAGCAUUGCUCGUGCUACGUGACAUGGAAGAGAACGACUUG